AUGCCUUUAACCCUCCACCACUUGGGCCUAUCCCAAUCAGAGCGCAUAAUCUGGCUCGCCGAAGAGCUCAACCUCGACUACAAAUAUGUCUUCCACAAGCGCGACCCAGUCUUUGCCCCUCAAUCAAUCAAAGACCUCCACCCCGCCGGCACAGCACCAGUAAUGGAAGACGACCCAUCUCCCAUAACCAACAACAAAGUUGUGCUCGCUGAAUCAGGCGCUAUAAUGGACUACAUCGUCGCAGUGCAUGGAAACGGGCGCCUAUCACCCACGCCCAAAGACGGUGCCACCUAUGCCAAUUUUCUAGAGUGGUAUCAUUUCGCCAAUGGCAGUCUCCAGCCUACAUUUCUACGACUCCUUAUGGCGCGGAGCGGGGAUGCGAACUCCCCUUUUGCGAAGAGUACAUUCGCUAGGUUGGAGAGGUAUCUUGAUAUGCUUGAUGCUCGUCUUGCUGAGACGGGGGCUUAUCUUGCUGGAAAGGAGCUUACGCUUGCGGAUAUUAUGAUAUUUUUUACCUUGACUACUAUGCGGGGCUUCUGUCCUGUGGACUUUGAUGCGGAGAAGCAUAAGCAUCUGCUUGCCUAUUUGAAACGGGUUUCUGAGCGUCCGGCAUACCGGAAGGCGAUGAAGAUCUGUGAAGGUGAUGAAUUUACGCCUUUGAUUGGGGCGAAGGUGGAGUUGUUGCAUUUGUUGAAGAAGGCGUAA